AGCUUCUCUGUUUUAUUUGCCGGGAACAAAACAGAAGAUGAAGGUGAAUUGUCAGCUCGUUACCAGAACGCAUUGGAUGCAUUAUCGUCACUGAUCACAGAACGCAGCCGUUUUGUCAAUAACAAUCAAUCUCACCGGUUCCGUUUGCUCUUCCAUUAUCUCAAGACUCAUGAAUCUCUUAAGGUUCUUGAGCUUGAAGAAGCAGUCUCGCAUAUGAAAGUCAUUCAUGUGGCUGGAACUAAAGGAAAGGGAUCAACAUGCACAUUUUCAGAAUCUAUUCUUCGUAAUUACGGCCUUCGUACUGGUCUCUUCACGUCUCCUCACUUGAUCGAUGUCCGAGAGAGAUUCCGUCUGAACGGCAUUGAGAUAAGCCAGGAGAAAUUUGUGAGAUACUUUUGGUGUUGCUUCCAUAAACUCAAGGAGAAAACAAGCAAUGAGAUUCCGAUGCCUACUUACUUCUGCUUUCUUGCAUUGUUAGCUUUCAAGAUUUUCACAACAGAACAGGUCGAUGUUGUUAUACUAGAGGUUGGCUUAGGUGGGAGAUUCGAUGCUACUAAUGUGAUUCAGAAACCUGUCGUCUGUGGUAUUUCUUCUCUUGGCUAUGAUCAUAUGGAGAUUCUUGGACACACGCUUGCUGAAAUCGCUGCAGAGAAAGCCGGUAUCUUCAAGAGUGGAGUUCCUGCAUUUACAGUGCCUCAACCUAAUGAAGCAAUGCGUGUACUCAACGAGAAAGCUUCAAAACUGGAAGUGAAUCUUCAGGUGGUGGAACCGUUGGACUCGAGUCAGAAACUUGGGCUUCAAGGCGAACAUCAAUACCUAAACGCUGGUCUUGCUGUUGCCUUGUGUUCUACAUUUCUUCAGGAGAUUGGUAUACAGGACAAGAACGGUUUGAAUCAGACAAACGGAUUGCCAGAAAAAUUCAUCUCUGGAUUGUCGAAUGCUUAUUUGAUGGGACGGGCUAUGAUCGUGCCUGAUUCAGAACUCCCUGAGGAGAUUGUGUUUUACCUUGAUGGAGCUCAUAGUCCUGAAAGCAUGGAAGCUUGCGCUACUUGGUUUUCGAAACAGAUCAGACAAAACCAAGAAAGAAACCAGAGAAGAUCAGAGCAGAUACUCUUGUUCAAUUGUAUGUCUGUUCGUGAUCCGAGUUUGCUUCUUCCACGAUUAAGGAGUAAAUGCAUUGAACAAGGAGUUGAAUUCAAGAAAGCUGUUUUUGUACCAAACGUAUCAGUGUAUAACCAAGUUGGAUCUUGGUCAAAGGUUGACGCACGUGUCGACUCGAUAACGUGGCAGUUCGGUCUACAGAGGCUUUGGGAGAGUUUGGCUCGAGGUGAAGCAAAAUCUAAUUCAGGAAGUGAUUCCAAAGGCAAAGAAGAAGAGAAGAGCUUCGUUUUCUCGUCACUUCCUAUGGCCGUUGACUGGCUCAGGGAAAGUGCUCGCCGGAGUAAACAAGUCCGUUUUCAGGUGUUGGUGACUGGUUCAUUACAUUUGGUGGGUGAUCUCUUGAGAUUAAUCAGGAAAAAAAUGUGA